GUCACUUAAAAAAUAGUGUGAACAUGGCGGAAGGAAGCAAAAUCCAAUCUGGCAGUAUCAGUGAAUAAAGUGCAAUCCCUUCACUCUUAGAGUCCACCCUCAAGAACCCAGAUCGCAGAGCACGAAAAUCGCCAAUAGUUUUAGACCCAGGUUCAAAAAAUGGGCGGUAAAGAAUCAUCAGAUAGUUCUAGUUCUAGUCCCAGUUUAUGGUUGGCUCCAGACCCUAGUAAAAGAUGGGGAGAGAUUUUCUUUCUUUGUUAUACUCCUUUUUGGCUCACUCUUUGUUUGGGAAUUGUGAUUCCUUGCAAGCUGUACGAGAGCUUUACAGAAUUGGAAUACUUGCUCCUGGGUUUGAUCUCAGCUGUUCCUUCUUUCUUGAUACCAAUGAUGUUUGUCGGUAAGGCUGAUAGCAAAUUGUGUUGGAAGGACUGUUAUUGGGUCAAGGCCAGUCUAUGGAUAAUCAUUUUUAGCUAUGUUGGAAAUUACUUCUGGACCCACUAUUUUUUCACAGUUUUGGGAGCUUCUUAUACAUUUCCAUCUUGGAAGAUGAAUAAUGUACCACAUACAACCUUCCUUCUGACACAUGUUUGCUUCCUGUUUUAUCACGUCACCUCAAACAUGACAAUUCGCAGACUACGGCAUGCGGUUGCUGACUUGCCAGAUUAUCUUCGAUGGGCUGCUGAGGGUGCAUGGAUUUUGGCUCUUUCAUACUUCAUAGCAUACCUGGAGACUUUAGCUGUUUCUAAUUUCCCUUACUAUGAGUUUGUGGACCGGGCUUCAAUGUACAAAGUAGGUUCCUUGUUUUAUGCCAUCUACUUCUUUGUAAGCUUCCCAAUGUUUCUGAGGAUUGAUGAGAAACCUGGUGAUCUAUGGGAGUUACCAAGAGUGGCUGUUGAUUCCCUGGGUGCUGCAAUGUUGGUUACAAUAAUACUUGACUUGUGGCGAAUCUUUUUGGGGCCUAUUGUUCCACUUCCAGUAACAAAACAAUGCCUUCAACAGGGACUACCCUGGUUUCCUGGACAUGCCACUCAGACAUAACAAACUACAUGGAAACCCGGUGACGGUAGCCACAGAGGCAACUCCUAAACAUGGAAUUUCUUGUACUUGAUGUUGUAACAUUAGCUGUACUUUAUAUCAUGCCAGUGUUUCGCUUCCAUUUUAUGGACAUCUAAGCAGAAGCAUAAACCAAAGACUGAAAGGGUACAUUUUGUAAUUCAUGAUAUCGCCUGUGAACCUGGGUGGCAACUUGUUUGUUAGGUCCUGACAAAGAAAGAGUUCUUCUGUUUUGCGAAAA